CCGAGACAUAUCUUUCCAAGAAGACUGAAUUCUUAUUACAAAGGUGCCAACUAUGGGGAGAUUUCUGAAGGUACUCAUGCGUCGGCAAAGGGGUGCUGAAGUAAAAAGCCGUGAAAAGCAAAUCACCCAAAAUGAUGCUCCUAAGAAUAUUCCUCGAGCAGGGGUCUAUCAGAAAGUCUCACAAAACUUCAAGAUGGAUUUACCUCGCAGAACUUUGCAGUCUGAUGUAGACCAGAUGGUCUUCAACCCAGACUGGACAUUGAACCCUCAGUGGGAGGUCUGGGCUGUCGGAGUAGGGACAAAACGCGGAUGGGAGUAUGUGUUUAAGCAUAAGAGGACAGGCCAAGAGUAUACCGAUGUGGACAUGAUCCGCUACCGAGGUUCUUGGGCGGAUAUGAGUGCAAAGCAGAGACAAGAAAGACUGGCAAGAGGAACUUCACCAUAUCUGGGAGGUCAGGGUGGGGGAAUCCAGCGAAGAUAG